GUUAGGGGGUUGCACCCGCGUCCAGGAUCGGGAUUGGCACGCCAUUGUAACAACUACUUACUUUUGCAUCGUGGUCGUUCAGAGCUAGACUUGCUACCCACCCAUCCUGAUUGUAACUGUGGUACAUCGACGUGACCCAUAAUGGCUACAGACUCUUGGGCGCAGGCCGUGGACGAGCAGGAAGCCGCGGCGGAAUCGAUUAGCAGUCUUCAGAUAAAAGAGAAGCCAGAAGAAAAUGGUACCGUUACAAAUGCCACAGACUCCAGCAGCGUGGCUGCAAAAUCAGAACCUGAAGCUGAAACCAAACCCGCAGAUGAGGAUGACGAAGAGAACAAAGCGGCACAAUCACUCUUGAACAAGCUGAUACGGAAUAAUCUUGUAAACACAACAAAUCAAGUGGAAGUUCUUCAGAAGGAUCCAAACUCCCCGCUGUACUCUGUAAAGUCCUUUGAAGAACUACGGCUCAAACCGCAGCUUCUUCAGGGCGUAUAUGCCAUGGGGUUCAAUCGGCCAUCUAAAAUCCAGGAAACCGCCUUACCCAUGAUGCUGGCUGAGCCUCCACAGAACCUGAUUGCUCAGUCUCAGUCGGGAACGGGGAAAACGGCCGCCUUCGUCCUGGCGAUGCUGAGCCACGUCGACCCCAACAACAAAUAUCCCCAGUGCUUGUGUGUGUCGCCAACGUACGAACUGGCACUUCAGACCGGUAAAGUCAUCGAGCAGAUGGGCAAAUAUUAUCCAGAGGUCAAGCUAGUCUACGCCAUCAGAGGGAAUAAGCUGCAACGAGGCAUGAAACUGCAGGAACAGAUAGUUAUUGGUACACCCGGCACAAUGCUGGACUGGUGCAGUAAAUUCAAGUUUAUAGAUCCCAAGAAGAUCAGAGUGUUUGUGUUGGAUGAAGCCGACGUCAUGAUCGCCACGCAGGGACACCAGGACCAGAGCAUCCGGAUCCAGAGGAUGCUGCCCAAGAACUGCCAGAUGUUGCUCUUCUCAGCCACGUUCGAAGAGAGCGUCUGGAACUUCGCGCAGCGCAUCGUGCCCGACCCCAACAUCAUCAAGCUGAAGAGGGAGGAGGAGACGCUGGACACCAUCAAGCAGUACUUUGUGCUCUGCAACAGCAAGGAGGAGAAGUUCCAAGCCCUCUGUAACAUCUAUGGAGCCAUCACCAUCGCUCAGGCCAUGAUCUUCUGCCACACAAGGAAAACUGCAGGUUGGCUUGCAGGGGAGUUAUCCAGAGAAGGCCACCAGGUGGCGCUGCUCAGUGGAGAAAUGCAGGUGGAGCAGAGAGCCGCCGUCAUCGAACGCUUCCGAGACGGAAAGGAGAAAGUCCUGGUGACCACAAACGUCUGUGCUCGAGGCAUCGACGUGGAGCAGGUUUCUGUGGUGAUCAAUUUCGACUUGCCCGUCGACAAAGACGGUAACCCGGACAACGAGACGUACCUGCACAGGAUCGGCCGCACCGGGCGCUUCGGCAAGAGGGGACUGGCCAUCAACAUGGUGGACAGCAGGAUGAGCAUGAACAUCCUCAACAGGAUCCAGGACCACUUCAAUAAGAGAAUCGAAAGACUAGACACAGACGACCUGGACGAAAUUGAGAAAAUCGCCAACUAAAGGGGAUCCCGCGUUCAGGCGGAGAAAGCUUGACAUCCCGCCCCCCCCUCCUCACGCUCCAAGGACUCUACGCUUCGAUGACGUUUUAAGCUUUUAUUUUUUUAUUUUAGCUGUGAGAGAAAUGAGCAGAACCACACCCACAGAUCUUAUGUUUACACAUAGACAUGUCUCCUUUCAGACGAUCGUUUUUUGUAAAUCUCUGGACCGUACCCCAUUUCACCCUUUGUAUACUUCUUUUUUUUAUUUUUUUUUAUUAAUAAAGUAUGUAAGCUCAAUGCUGUGUAUGGAUCUUAAAUGUAACAGUUAUUUAUUUGAAAAACUAAAUUUUUACAACUUUUCAUUGAUCAGAUGAAACUUCAGAAGUUCCAAAUUUAAACCAAAAGAAAACGAGAAUUUAAAGGUGGAACAAAUGUUUUAACGUAGCAGAGCGCCGGUACAAAGGGUGAAGUCGGGUAUGCUGCUCCGGGUGGUUCAAAUCAUUUUUGUUUUUGAGACGGUGAGGGUUAGGAUUCAAGGGUCUAUGCAAACUUAUCAGCCUGUGAUAGAUGUUAAAUGCUAUCGUGUGUUUCUCAUAACAACUUAAUCCUGAAACGACCUUCUAGCAUCGGGGUGUGUAAAUCGGAUGCCAAAUCGGCUGCGUAGAAUACUAACUCAUUGGCAUAAAGGUGCAUCUAUGUUUAGCCACUAAUCCUUCGUCAGCCAUCAGUCCCCUCAUGUCAUAUACAUCAUUUUUUUUUUUUAUUUUUUUUAUGCCAGUACGGCCACUUAUCGGAGCGGUCCCGGCAGGCGUUCAGUCACAAGUCGUCUUCUGUUUCCUCAUCAGGCUCAUAAAAUCUCAUUUCAAGUCCAAAGCGUGACCUGCACGGUCUGGUGUGAGUUGUUUUUCUUUCACGGCCCUCGCUGUCCCAUCCUGUGUUUUUUUUUUUUUUUUUCUGAUCGCGGUCUCCACCUCAGACCACGGCACAGUUCCCAUUCCUCACCCGCACUGUGCCGCUCAAAAGGAUUGUGAGUUACAAAAUAAAUACGCAAUGCCUUCCUCAAGUGCAUUAUAUACACGCAUAGGAUUUUGAUAUGGAUAUUUUAAGACAUUGGGCUUAAUAUUCUGACUAACACUUGAAAAUUUUGAUAUAUAUAUAUUGAAUUACGGGGAGCCUUUAAUUGUGGGUGUGUGAACUAUCUUUUUGAAACCAAAUGCUGAAUUGAACUUAAGGACCUAUGCUAAUCAGACUUGCCGUGUUGCUCCAACAUGGUUGUGUGAACAGAAAACAUGUACUUUUGUACAUAUUAAAUAUAUAUGAAUAUUAAUCAGUGAAUUAUUUAGAUUUGUCGCUUCUAAGAAGUGCAAAAAAAACAACAACAUUCCUAAUGAGGUUUAAUACAGCUCCUUGCAAAAGUAUUCAUACCCCCUGAAUUUUUCAUUAACUGCAAGCGUUAAUGUAUUUUAUUGUUUUUUUUAUGUGCUAGGCCAUAGUUGUGAAGUGGAAGGAAAGCUGCAUGCCUUUCUGAAUCCCCUGAUUUAGUACUCUAGAACCUCCGUCUUACUGCAGAUACAACUCAAAGGCUUUUUUUAGGGACGUGGUUCAUCAGUUUUGCGAAUUUAAAGAUGGACAUUUUUGCCCUGCUCAGUCAGACUGGAUGGAAAGCCUCUGAUCAGUUUUCCAGUCUUCACGUAAAUUCUCAGUUGGCUUUAGGUCUAGACCAGCAGUCUGCAACCUUUAUAAUAUGGAGCUGCAAGCACUGCGUUGUUUUUUGUUUUGUUUUUUUUAAGACUAUUUGAUAAAACUAUAGAAAAUGUCAUUUUUAAGGAUGUACCAUUGUAGUUCUAUUUUUAGGUUUUAAACUAAAAGGGAAAACUUAUGCAAAAUAAAUGAUACAUUACAUUUAAUCAGAUGUUGGUAUCUGAAAAAUUAUGUAAAAAAAGUUUCCAACCUAAUGACAAGAAAAUUGGGUUAAAUAUAUUCUUGGUACUUUGUUUUUCUGUUGUGGAACUUCAAUACAAUUAUACCAUGAAAAAAAUGCUAAAACCUGUAUCUGUUGUAUCUAUUGUUUAAAAACAGUUUAGCAUGUUUAACCUAACACUAGCCACAGGUUGCAGAGCCCUGGCCCAGACUUUGACUAGGCCGUUUCUGUGCGGCUCUGGUGGUUUAGGGUCGUCGUUCUGCUGGAAAGUGGAACAUUCUUUAGUGUUUUGCAGAAGUAACGGGGGGUUGAACACAAAUGUUUUUUUGCCCCCCUUUAUUAUUUUUUUGAUUAAUUCAGGCACUAUGCACUCUCGUCCUUCCACCUUCUAAAGUGACGCUAGUUCAUGUCGGUCUAUCACCUGAAACCCUAAGACCAUGCCUUGAUGUUUGUGGUCGCAACGAGACGCAAGGCAACACGGGGUAUGAAUUGUUUUUGCAAGGCGCUGUAAAUCAGUUUACCUUGGGCGGCUGCUGGAAAAUAAAAAA